AUGUGGAAUGCUAGAAGCAUUUCUAAAAUUGCAAGUGCUAUAGGAUGUCUAAUUGCAACUGAUAGAUUGACUGCAAACAGACAGCGCUUGGCUUAUGCGAGGGUGCUAGUAGAGGUUAAAUUGACAUCCCCUCUUCUUGAUAAGAUCAACAUUCAAGAUCCAAAAGGAAAGCAAUACACUCAGAAGGUGAAUUAUGAAUUAAAACCUAAGUGGUGUGAUGUGUGCAAGCAGGUUGGUCAUGACUUAAAAACCUGUAGGAGACUGGUGAAAACCCAAAGAUGGGUCCCUAAGCAAAACCAGAAUCCAAUUACUGGUAAUAUAGGGAAGGAAAAAGCUAAUACUGUGAAUGUUAUUCUUAUUACUCAUGAACAUGAGAAGGAUUUGCAGGAAAAUGUAUCAAAUGCUAACCUGAAUAUGGAUAAUGCUGAACAUGAAGGCAGUAAACAGGCAGAGCAUAGUCAGAGGACUGUGUACAUUUCUGAUACUGGGAUGAAAACAAUAACCAUCAGAUAA